AUGCAAAAUGUCAAGCUGGUCAAACCUGUGGUCGUUGGAACCUACGCCUUUUUGCUUUCACAGCAGGAAAAGAGAAAGUAUGGAAAUAUGACGCACAAAUGGACUUGCUUACUGAGAUGCCCUAAUUCUUCAGACAUUUCUCUGUUCGUAAAUAAAGUGGUUUUUGAAUUGGAUCCAUCCUUCAUAUAUCCCAAGAGAGUUUAUACACAACCACCAUACGAAGUUAACGAAAUUGGAUGGGGAGAGUUCUACCUUACUGUGAAAAUUUACUUUGCUGAUUCUUCCCUUCCACCCGUAAACAUUGUGCACUUUGUGAAGCUAAAUACGGAUGGAGGGGAGACGUGCCCACCCUGUGUCGUGAACGAGACAUACGAAGAAAUAAUUUUUCGAAACCCCACCGUCACACUAUACAACAAAAUUAUUCAGAGUAACAACACCAAGACAUCUCCACAUAAAUACCACGAACACUUCCUCAAGUACAACUUCCACGAAGAAAACUACACGAAAAUAUAUCUUCAAUUUCAGACAAAGGUACAAGAAGAAAUUUGUGACCUCAUGUCGGAGGCUACGGAGCUUUCGAAGGAUAUUAACGAAAUGCAACAGAAAUAUUUUUCAAUGACAGCCGAAAUGGGAGUCAGCAGCGAUGAAAAUUAA